CAGUCGGCAGCUACUCAGCUCAACUAACCUGAUACAUGGAUAAGAUACAGACCAAACGUUUGGAGGAGAUACCGGUGCUUCACAAACAGCAGUCAGGAUGGUCUAUAGCUCGGCUCUGGUCUUUGGACACCUCUUGUCGGAGGAAGAAAGCAGCGUAGAGAUGAUAGGAAAGUACUUCUUUCAGCUAAAAACAGCGGACCGAAAGAUGAGUUCUGCCCGGCGGGGAAGCGUCGAGAGCUACGAAGACAGAGAGAGCAUUUCGCCCUUUGCUGACUUGGACGCUGAUUUGGAGCAUGAAGAGCGGCUCCUCCAGCAGGUUGUGACCCAGCAGAUGGAGCGUCGCCUCACAGAGGCCAAGGCUUCCAUCCUUGGUUGCCAGGCGCUGCUGCUGCCUCACCAUAUGACCACCAGGAUCAGCCAGGACGUGGUGCGCGCCUCCGCUGAUGAGCCCUGUGGGCUCCGGGGAGCCUCCAUCGAACUCUACGUUGAAGCCAAAGACGGCCUGAAGUACGUGGGAAGCAUCUUCCCCGAUCCGAGUGUCACCUCGACUUUUGAGCUGUCCGUGAUCUUCAAGGCAGAUGACGACGGCUGGCCGUCGCUCAAGCACAUCUUCGACACCAACAAAGUGCUGAAGCUGAGACCAGAGUACCGGCUGGUGAAGAGAAAGCUCUACUCCUCUGCCAGUCCUGUUGUUCAUGACUUCAACUAGGAGUGAAGCUGAGAAUGUAAACCAGUUACCUGUGUGUGUGUGUGUGUGUUUUUGUCAGCUACGUGCAGACAAGUGUAGUCUGGAAUCCACUGGAAGCGCCUGUAAUUGAAUUGUCUAUUUCUUUAACAGGAGGGUCAACUGUAGACAAUGUCAGUAUUUUGCACUAAUAUUUGAAUGUAACAAUGUGUACACUGCAAAUGUUCCAGGACUGGGCAGGUCUCACUCCUGAAGGAUGCCUUUAUUUAUUUAUUUUUAUGCAAAAUAAACUUUUUGCACAAUU